GGCGCGGCUCCUCGGCCCGGCCAGCCCACCAUGCACGCCCACCGCCUGCCCUUCCUCCUGCUGCACGCCUGGUGGGCCCUGCUGCAGGCGAGCGCCGCGACGGUGGCCCCCGUGCCCCCACGUACGCGGGGGCAGCCCUCGUCGCCGUCCCCUCUCGCGUAUAUGCUGAGCCUCUACCGCGACCCGCUGCCCCGGACAGACAUCAUCCGCAGCCUGCAGGCGCAAGAUGUGGAGGUGGAUGGGCAGAACUGGACCUUUGCUUUUGACUUCUCCUUUCUGAGCCAAGAAGAGGAUCUAGUGUCAGCUGAGCUCCGGCUGCAGCUGUCCAGCCCUGUGGACCUUCCCCCUGACGUCCCGCUCUCCAUUGAGAUUUUCCACCAGCCGAAGCUGGACGCGGAUCAGGACCCAGUCGACUGCCUGGAACGUCUUCGGAUGGACCUGUUCACUGUCACUCAGUCCCAGGUUACCUUUUCCUCGGGCAGCAUGGUCCUGGAGGUGACCAGGCCCCUCUCCAAGUGGCUGAAGCACCCUGGGGAGCUGGAGGAGCAGAUGUCCAGUUUGGCUGGAGAGUGUUGGCGGCGGCCUCCCACACCACCUGUCACCAAUGCGCUCCUCAUGCUUUACUCCAACCUCUCCCCAGAGCAGAGGCGGCUGGGCGGCUCCACCUUGCUGUGGGAAGCUGAGAGCUCCUGGCGGGCCCAGGAGGGUCAGCUCUCCCGGGAGAGGAGCAGGAGGCACCGUCGACAUCACUUGCCAGACAGAAGCCAACUGUGUCGGAAGGUCAAGUUCCAGGUGGACUUCAACGUGAUCGGAUGGGGCUCCUGGAUCAUCUACCCCAAGCAGUACAAUGCCUAUCGCUGCGAGGGCGAGUGUCCGAACCCCGUGGGGGAGGAGUUCCAUCCCACCAACCACGCAUACAUCCAGAGCCUGCUGAAACGGUACCAGCCCCACCGGGUCCCUUCCACCUGCUGUGCCCCAGUGAAGACCAAGCCAUUGAGCAUGCUGUACGUGGACAACGGCAGAGUCCUUCUAGACCACCACAGAGACAUGAUCGUGGAAGAAUGUGGGUGCCUCUGAGGAGAUCCUGGAGGGGUGCUGGUGUGCCUGUGCCCUGGAGGUUGGGAAGCUCCUGGAAGACACGCGAACCAUCUGAUCCAAUGAGGAGAAACAAAGAAGGAAUGUUGCUCUGUCCACAGACCUGAGGAGAAAGGGCUGCCCACCCUGUUCAUG